ACGCGGUAGGGACAUUUAGAAACGCCUAUUCUGUACGGACACCCUUUAGUCCAAUUGGUUAUAGCACGUUCUUUCCCAUCAGGCAAUCCUCAUGUUGUACACAAUCAUCAUGGCGGCGCAGGAUGGAAGUGAAGGUGUAGUCAUGGAAGCAGAAGUCAGUGUCAAGGACCCAGACAUUUUCUGUGAGGAUGAUGGCAAAGGGGAAGAAGCAGGAACUGAACAAGCAUCUCAUACAGAUGGGGAAAACUCUUCAGCUCAGGUCGCCGAUGUUAGUAAUGGAGAUGACUCUGACGAGGGGAAAGAAAUGGUAGAACUGAAAAUUAUUUGGAACAAGAACAAAUAUGAUCUUAAAAUCCCUUUGGAUGGAACUGGAGCCAAACUUAAAGAGAGGAUUCAUACUUUAACUGGUCUUCCACCUGCUAUGCAGAAAGUGAUGUACAAAGGACUGCUACCAGAAGACAAGACGCUACGUGAAAUCAAAGUAACGAAUGGGGCAAAAAUAAUGGUGGUUGGCUCAACGAUAAAUGACGUCCUUGCUGUAAACACACCAAAAGAAGUUAUUCAGCAAGAAGUGAAAGCUGAAGAGAAUAAAAAAGAACCUUUAUGUCGACAAAAACAACACAGAAAAGUACUGGAUAAAGGCAAACCUGAUGAUAUUAUGCCAUCUGUGAAAGGAACAAAGGAGCGCUUACCAACGGUGCCUUUAGCCGGAAUGUACAACAAGUCCGGAGGCAAAGUGCGGCUCACAUUCAAACUGGAGCAGGAUCAGAUCUGGAUCGGAACGAAGGAACGAACAGAGAAAAUUCCCAUGGGUUCUAUUAAAAAUGUGGUAACUGAACAAAUCGAAGGCCAUGACGACUAUCACAUGAUGGCAUUUCAGCUGGGUCCAACAGAAGCGUCUCAAUACUGGGUCUACUGGGUGCCUGCACAAUUUGUUGAUGCAAUCAAAGACACGGUCCUUGGAAAGUGGCAGUAUUUUUAAUGUGCCUCCUCAACUGACACUGAAGAACUGGGAUCCAGAACAAAACUGAGAAAUCAGAACUGGAGACUAUAACAUGUCCUGAAGAACUUUAAUUUUUGAUGCAUUCAAGAAAAAAAAAGCAAACUGAAGGAUUGCUGGUGGACAAAAUCCUCUUUUGGGUUUAAACUGCACUAAGUGACAGCAACCGUUAAAAACAUAAAAAAAGAAGAAAAAAAAGACAGAGAACCCAAGGAAAUCCAAGAAACAAUUGUACGAAUUGUACAAUUGUACAUUUCUCCCAGAUAUUCUGAAAUGAAUAAAAGUUAUUUAAGGAAAACACAACCAUGCACAAGGACAUAAUCAAUCUAGUAUUUUCUUUUUGUGCAACAACCCAAGCAAGCUUGCCAAAGUUGACUGCCGUUUACAAUGACCCCUGCUAAAGGUUCUGCUUUUCCUGUAAUGUAGACUGUGUACACAUAAAGAGUCCCUGCUUAUUAUCAUA